CAGAGAGAUCAAACAGCUGCUGAGAGAUGCGUCAGCUGCGAUGCAGGUCAGAGCUCUGACAGAGUACUGCAACAACUACGACCUGACGAGCCUCAACAUCAAGACUGGAGACAUCAUCACGGUUCUGGAGCAGCAUUCUGACGGCCGGUGGAAGGGUUGUAUCCAUGACAACCGGACAGGAAAUGACCGCGUCGGCUACUUCCCCUCCAGCAUGGUGGAGGUGAUCAGCAAGAGGCCAGGUUCUCGGGGCUCUGAGUCCAGUCCCCACGGCUCUCCCACACUUGGCCAGCAGGGCGGCUCCAGCGAGGAUGUCUGGGUUCUCCGGAAGCCCCUCGCAGGUGGUGACCGUAGCAGCAGUGUGGGUAGUCUGGGUAGCGUUCGUUCCCUCGGCAGCGUCCAGAGUUCUGGAAAUACACAACACGCCCUGAAUACGCCUCCUCCGCCUGCCACAGCACACGCUACUAACACGCCAGCUAGCAGCCUGAACACACAUGGCCUCAACGCUCCCGGGCUCCACGCGCAGUCGGAGGGAGUCAAGCUCCUAGCCACAGUGAUGUCCCAGUCAAUAAAGGCAAAGGAGCAUCUGUUGGAGCAGUCCAAGUCUGUGGAGCAGGCAGCAGCUGCUGCUAAGAGUCCAUCUGGUUGUCCUCCUCAAGAACAGCGCUCCUUUGAUCGCAAAGCAGAGGCAGAUGUGAAGAGUGAGGCAGUAGUGACCUGGUUGACUGAGUGUCAGCUGCAGUUCUACACCACUCACCUCCUCACCGCUGGCUAUGACCUAGACACCAUAGGCCACAUGACCCCGAGUGAGGUGUGA